AUCAUGUUGUUGUUGUGCAGUGGAUGUCUCGGUUGUGUGGCUGGAAAGGUGCAAUCCGAAUGUGUGAUUGUAUCGUACCUGGUUCUGUCUACUCUGACAUUUUUGGUAUCCAGCAUCGCCGUGGUCCAGUGUGCUAUUCUUAUUUACAUCGUGGUUGGUGAAGACGUAGAUGGAUUAGAACAUGCUUAUGGCAGUACUUUCACCGCGGAUUUCUCACUCGCCGAUGCCGUUACAAGCCCACUUAUCAUUUACACGCUGACUCUGAUUUGCAGUCUUGGCGGUUUCAUAUUCGGUUUGUUCUCAAUGUUUAUAGCCUGCAAAGCCGCCUGCACUCGAUCUAAAAUUGAUACGCUCCGACAAGGUUGGGCGUAAUCAUCUCCACGGACAGAAUGACAUCAACCGACACAUUUGGGCUUUAGACACUAAUCAAAUUGUUAAUGUAUGUUAUCCCGAUCCAUCAAAUGUUUUAAGUAAAAGUACACCACACAAUAUAAAUUCUGUUUUGAAUUACCAUCGGAAAUAUGUGGGCUAAACUAAACUAGUACAUGUAAUAUAUGUUCAUUUUAAUAACGUUUAAACUCGUAUAAUUGUACUAGUAAUACGUGUUUACUUACGUAACGUGUAAACGUGUUUUACUACUAUAUAACGUACUGCUUUGAAAAGUAUUCUUGGUGUCCUGUAUUUGUGGAAAGCUUGUUGACCUAGAUUGAACAAUUCUGUAUAAAAAAAAAAACACGAAAAUAGCAGGUUGUGCACCAUUUGGGAGCGGGCCCCGUAUGUACUCGUCAACGUGUGUAGUGUGACAUUACUCG